UCCACACCUGACUCAACAAACGAGGGCGGGGUUAAACCUCUGUUUGCUCCCCUGAACAACCAGUGGACUUGCCCGGGCUGCCCGCGAGUUCAAAACGAGCUCCCGGUCGAUUUAGGCGGGCGGGGUUUACAGUCGUCUUUCCUUAAAGACUGAGAGAACAGCUGAACAGAAACGAUACCAAAACAAAUUCACCCCAUCGAGGCUUGAGCGAAUAAAGCGAGAGGAAAACACAAUGUCUUCUCUGAGCGGUAAAAGUGCGCAGGAGAUCAGCGAGCUGCUCGAUGAGUUCGGGAUCAGACACGGACCUGUGGUCGACUCCACCAGAGAUCUGUAUGAGAAGAAGCUGAGAGAGGCCAUGGCCACAGAGAAACGAGCCAAGUACAGUAAACCCUCACCUGACAAGACCUACUACAGAGAAGAGGAGGACGAAGUCACCUAUGUUUACAGGACACCAGUCAAGAAUGAGGGUGGAGACUAUGGUGACAGGUUGGUUCUCACUGAGGCUCUCCUAUGUUUAAACUCUGAUUGUCUUUCUUUUAUAAUCACUAUUUCUAUUUCAUGUUAUCAACAAGCUAAUAAUAGUCUGAAUGAUUAUUUACUUCUUCUCUAUCCAUCCAGAGGCUCAUACCUGAGCUCCAGACCCAACUGGGCUGAGAGGGAACUUGAACAGACGUCUUACUCAGCGUACCAGAGGUCAAGGCCUGAAUCCAGAGGAAGAGAUUUUGUUGAUGACCACUACAUGCAUGAAACGCCGUCCACUUACAGAGCCUCCUCCUUGAAAUCUACGCCCAUGAAAUCUGAUCAAGAUGCUCCGAAGCCCCCAAAGUCGUCCCCCUUCAUCCCAAUGUGGGUUCAGCUCGUGUUCUUCUUGGCUGUGGCAAUUUUUCUCUACUUGGUUUUUUCCAGCAUGGAGACAAAUGAAUCCCUCAAAGGGCUAGAAUGAUUGAGUAUUUUAUUCUUCCUCCAUUUAUUGGGCUCUUACACUUUGUGUUUCAAUUCAAGGAAUGUAUUUUGGUAAAUGCCUUUAUUUUAGACAUUGCUGAAAUUGUUGUUUAUGCAAUAUUUGUGUGUGUCACUAUUGCAGUUUAUUAGCCCGCUUAUUUUUAUAAGGUAAAAUACAUGAUUGUCACAGGCGUCAGUCUCACAGCUCUACCAAAAACAGAUGAGGACACUAAGGUAGCUGCAGCGUCAUCUGAGGAAUUUUGUAGAUAACUGUCCACAGCUCACUGCAGCACAAUGUACUCAGUGAUGCUUGGUGCAAAAUGCCAGGAAAUGACAGUUUAAACUCUACUACUAUCUUGAUGUGAGCAAGUGGAUUUCCUGAAUAAGAAGUCACACUCACAGUGAAUAUUUGGCACAUUGAGCAUCACAAACUGCAGAAAAAUGCCUGUCCACUCUAUUGUAUUGAUCUUCAGCAAAUGAUAUGUUUGCCUCAGCAAUUCACAUCGAAUAUUCAUGCACAAUUAAAGAAACGAUAAAUAUCCAGUCAUUUAACUGCACACACAUUUCUUAUAAAAGGACCAUCACAUGCCAUCAAAAAACUUAUAAUUUAAACGUUUCAUUGUUCAAUAUCUUAAAAACUGACUGAUCACAAUGUGUAAAAGUUAGAGAUCUUUUAAGUAUCCCAAAAAUUUUACAUUUUUGUAGUGUUUGGUAUUCCGAGUAUCUAACAGUAUAUCAUUCUGUGUACAUUGGUAUUAUGAAGACUAAUCAGAACCUGCUAGUUAAAUACUCUUAAGCAUGCGUCCUUUGAUUCAUUUUGCGGGUAAUAAAUGAUUACAUUAAAAUACAGGUUGGACAGUUUUUGGCUGUAAUUCAAGUGCCUCAGCAGUUUCACAGUAAUAAUUGGGAUAUAAAUGUUUUUUCAGUGUUUAUUCAAGCUGUUAUGUCACGAUUAUGCUUUUUUUCACAAGAAGUAAUUUUGAGGUAUUGCACUUUUGUACCAAAUACAUGCAUACAGAGUGUGAUGUGGUUUGUUUUGUACUUCAGUUUCAUUAUUCAAAAUAUAAAAGAGCUUGUAUACGUUUACAAGUUUAAAGGCUUUUAUUCAGGGGCAAAAACAAUAUUUAAUGUUUAAAUAACGGAGGGUAUAAAAAUAAAGAAACUAUAUUGUGCA